CGAUAUCUCUCAGGUUGGAAGGGCCAUCAAGUGCAAAUGGUACUGGCCGUGUUGAAGUAUUCUUUGCAGGUAAAUGGGGAACAAUCUGUGAUGAUUAUUGGGAUAGAAAAGAUGCUACAGUUGUAUGUCGUCAACUUGGUUAUCUGAAUGCUGUUCGAGCUCUCAGUGGCAGUAAUGUUCCUGAUGGUUCUGGACAGAUUUGGCUAAGCAAUAUACAUUGUAACGGGAAUGAAGAAAAUUUGGCAAACUGUUCGCACGGCGGAUGGAGAAAUCAUGGUUGCGGACACCAUGAGGAUGCUGGGGUUGAAUGUACUUCAACAG